GGGUUGGCGUUUGUCAGGUUAUUUUUAUUAUUAAUGAAAAAUGAAAAUAAAUGCUUAAAGUGUAACAUUUUUGUUCUGUGUAAAUCACGAUUGACGAGAGUACGAUUUUGUAUGCUCUUUUUUCUUGACAAGCCAGAAGUGGAGUGCUAAUUUACGCAAUGGCGUCAGCGUGGCCCCUGGCCAGCUUGCAGAGAGUUUGAAGUGGUGACUGCGACUGGUGAUAGUGAUAGAUAGUUGUUUUUCACCUCAGUCGUCUCACACACAGAAGUCACACAUGUUGAUGGAAAAUGAGCCGUUUCUGACGGCUCUGACGCUGAUGUUCUAUGAUGGCCGGUCAAAAGGCGCCGUCACUGUCACCAUGAAACGAUAUGACGGCCGGAAUCGUCCAGAGCCGCGGCCGGGCACCAAGAACGCUGCCAAAAACCCGCUGCCCAAGCCCGAGCAAUACCAGUGCCUCGUCCGGGCGCGGCUCCGACAAAAGAAGAUCAGCACCGUGGUCUCCGGCCAGAACGUGGAAAAGUUCCAGGAGGCCUACUCGAAGCUGAUGCUCUCCAGCAUGGACUCCCUGAAGCGGGUAAAGAAGGCGAAAACGGCGCGGAUGGCGCAGUAGCGCUGACGCAUCACUGCCAUCUGUUGGGGGCGGCUGGAACUAGGUCUGCGGAGCGGCCGUCCGGUCGUUGUCUCUGAAGAGCGGCGCCGGCCGGCUGACUCGAUGGACCUCUGGCCACCAUUGGGGCGGGGCGGGGCCGUGAAACGGACUUUCCUGAGGCGCGCGCCUUGCUGUGAUCUCGGGUUGGCCCUGCGCGCCGGUGGCUUCACAUUCCUCUGGCGGCUGGGACGGUGUGUGUCGCGCGUACCGUCCGCCGCUGGCCGCCGCGACACCUGCCGAGCGGUGCCGACUCGCGCUCAGAUACAAUAUAUCUAUCGGUUCUUA